AUUUCCUAGAGCCCCAGCUGUCACUUCCUGCUAGCGGCAUCUCUAGCCUGUUUCCGAGAGAUGGAUUUGGCAAUAUACUAAAUAAAGGCAGAGAAAGAAGAAAUGGACUCUGAUGGGGCUUCCCCAUUGGUUGAAUCAGAAAUAUUACAGAUAAAGAUAAAGGAGGAAGAACCGGACUCAGAAGAUCAUCAGAACCCAAUGAAAAGCUCAGCCGCUCCACUUACUGAUGGGGGUUAUUUACAGACAGUUCCCAAACGUGAAGUAGAAACUGAAGAGUCGGACAAUAAGGAUCAUCUGGCGUCAGUGAAGAGGGAAAUGGAUUCAUUGGCAGCUUCCCCAUUGGCUGAAUCAGAAGUGUUACAGAUAAAGGAGGAAGAACCCAACCCUGAGGAUCACGUGACCCCAAUAGAAGUGUUAGAAGUUAAAAUUGCUGAAGAGGAUGAUUACUCAAGUGACACUGAAACACCCAAUAUCUCCCCAGCGUCAGACGUCACUUAUGGGAACAAUGAGUUGGAUCAGGUCAAGAAUCCGCCGCACAGUUCUGGGAUAUUGCGGCAGCCGAAACAGCGCAAAUCACUGACUAACCCAGAGUUUGUGUCCGGCCCGAGAUAUGAGACCCGCGCAGCCAGCUCCAACUCCCAGGACUUUAUCUGCAAUACAUGUGGGAAAGGCUUUUCAGCGAGUCAGGACCUUCUCACCCACGUCUGUGCCCGGAUUUCCUAUGAGACUCUGCGCAACAAAGCCACAAAUCUGCAGAGGGAGAGUAAUAGUAACUAUGAUGUGACCCCCACAGGGGAAUUCCGCUGCAGGGAAUGCGACAAAAGCUUCUCCUAUAAGAUGGGAGUUAUUAAUCACGCAAGGGUUCACACAGGGGAGAAACCAUUCCCAUGCUCCGAAUGUGGCAAAUGCUUCACCCUGAAGUGCAACCUUCAAAAACACCUGAAAAUCCACAGCGGAGAGAAACCAUUCACCUGCUUAGAAUGCGGGAAGAGUUUCACCCAGAAGGUGGGACUUCAAGUUCACCAGAAUAUGCACGCGGGGGUGAAACCAUUUACCUGCACAGAAUGUGGGAAAAGCUUCCCGAAGAAAAGCACCCUCCUGAGACACGGGAAGAGUCACACGGUGGAGAGGACGUGUAUGAGGUGCAGUAAGAGCGUCACACAGAAGCGUUCCCAUGACGAUCAGGCUGAGGAGAAACCAUUCACCUGCACAGAGUGUGAGAAGAAAAUCAAUUAUAUGAAGCAGCUGCCGUACAAAUGCACAGAGUGUGGCGACAGCUUCUUUCACAACAGUCACCUGGUCAUUCACCGGAGAGUUCACGAAAGGGAGAAACUGUUCAAAUGCAAAGAGUGCGGGGAGACGUUCUCUAAUAGGAAACUGCUGGAGAAACACGAGAAACUGCACUCUGCUAGUAGCACUGAGGGGCCUGGGGUCUGCGGGGAAACAGAGAGUGAAGGGGGAAAUGUGUUAUAGAACAACACAGGGGAAGUAAUGGGAUCUGAAGGAACAAACACAUGAACCUGUGCCUUGAUUCUCUGCUGAUCCUUGUCCUUAUCUGUUGGUACAGGCCACGUUCUCCAGAAUAUCAUUGACCCGACCUUCCUCCCAUUCAGUGUGUCAUUCCCAGUGGCUCAAGCACAGGCCUCCCAGCAGGGCCAGAACUAGGGGCAGACAGAAGAGGCGCCUGGCUGGGUGCAACAAUAGAUGCUUCAUGCUCAGAGUCAUGUAUGGGGGAGGGCUGGGCUCGUUGGCUUGGCCCUGCUCUUCCACCCAGGUUUGGGCACAAGGAUAUCUGGGGAGGGCUGGAAGCAGCAAACAGUACAGCAGCCUUGUACAUAAAUCCAAAUAAAACGAGUAAAUGUUAA